AUGACGUAUUAUGCAAAAACAAGUAAACGCAUUAAAGCUCAUACAACUGUUAUUCUAUACCUAGUCAUAGGCAUCUGUAUGAUUUUUGGUACGCAUGCUGCAAAUAAUGAAUGCAGUUAUUUGGGUACACUAGAGAUUAAAGAAUUAUUCGAAAAUAUAGAUAAAAAUGACUUAAUUUCCGCUAUGCCCAAUGAAGACUUCAAUAGAAUGUUGGAAUUGCUCAAUGAAUCAUCUGCCUCAAAAGAUAAAGAAUUGGAUUCUGAAAAAAACAUAGUGAACACUAGGAAGUUUUCAGAGGCGCAUGCUGCAAAUAAUGAAUGCGAUUAUUUGGAUAUAACCGAGAUUGAAGAAUUCUUGAAGGAUUCAAACAAAAGUGACUUAACUCCUGUUGUGUCUAAUGAAGAAAGAAAUAGAAUAUUGGAAUUGCUCAAUGAAUUCUCUGCUUCAAACGAUAUAGAACCAAAUUUAGAAAAUCAUGCAAGCGACACCCACUAUCAAAUUGCUCCAGAACAAAAAGCGAUAAUAAUUUCUACAUUCUAUAUAGAUGAUUCUGGAGAUCGAUUUUAUAUAGAUGAUAAAGGAUACAGCAUUUGUAUGUAUCUAACAAUAAAUACGGUAUCCGAAGAUAACAUCUCGUAUAAUGUAUACAUCGAUGAAUUCGGGAAUCAGAUUCAUAUAGAUAGUAGUAUAUGUCCUUUGGCUUUUAAUAUUGACAAUUUAAAUAUUGAAGAUAUAUCUAGUAAAGUAUGCAGCAAACAGGAAGAAAGCAUACCUAAUAAUCCAGUCAAAGCAACCACACUAAAGCGCCCAAGAGAUUCUACUUUAACCAGUUCAGGCGAUAAUUUAAAAACCAAAAGAUGCAAAUUUAUAAAGAGUAGAGAUUCUUAUUUGGGUGGUGCUAAAAUAUUCAUUAAAUCGGAUAAGUACCAAACGGCUUGUACGAACCUCAAGGCCUACAAAUCUGAAGCACAAAGCGAUAUAACCCGAGAUAAACCCCACGGGUUUUCAUACUUGUUUACUAAAGGUGGCAUGGAUAAUGAAAAUACAAAAUGUGAAUGUAGUGUUAAGGAGAACUACAAAGAUCAAUAUCAAUUCUGGCACUUUUUAACUAGUUCACGCCAUAACUCCUUGGCUGAAAAGAUAAAGUGCAUUAAAAGCUUAGCUAAUGAGAUAAAAGCGAAAGAAGUAAAGGAUAUCACGUCAAAUAGUCAUUAUUAUUAUUCCUUUUUAGAGGAUUUGAAAAACUACAUAGAAAAUCAUAUAGACAUAGAUCACAUUAGUGCAAAAUACGACUACACAGAUAGCAGUAAGAACAACAUAUGCUCUAAAUCUAAAACAGAACCAGAGACACUUGGAGAAAUAUAUGAGGAAACCCAAACAGAUCUUAAGUGGUGGGCUAACAGUAUGUCGAUUAUCUCUGCAAAAACUGAGGAAAUUAAGAGUGCAGGAUCUGCAGAUGCAGCACUAAAAGAAAAGCUGCACUUUAUUCUAAAGCUGCCAGAGGUGCUCAGAGACUUGGUUCUGAUAACUCCCGAGAUACUAUCAAAGAUAAAGAAAGAAAUGGAAACUUCCCCUUUUUCAGAGGCUAGAAAGGCUUUAUGCAUCAUAGAGUACUUAUACUACUUAGUGAACGAUGAUGCAAAAAAAGCGAAUAUUGCGUAUACGAAAGUUCAAAAACUAUCUGUGAAUGGAAAGCAUCUAAAUGUCCGGAGUGCCAUUGAAAUAUACAGCUUUGUCUAUAAUGUGUUUUGUUCGUUCUACCAAUGUGCGCCAUCUACCUGUGUGAUGGAUGUUAAAAGUGAAGAAGGCAAAGCAGAAAAAAAAGAAGCAUGCAUUAAAGGAAUUUUUCAGUCAGACUGUCCAUACAUACCGCAGAAUGGUGUCUUCAGACUGCAUGGAAAAAGAGCAAUUGUAAAGCCAACUCUCGGAAAAUACAACCUGAAUAAGACUACAAAUUCAACCAGCAAUGGCUCCAACUCAAUGGUCAUAGAACAGCAAAAUCGACUAUUUUUAAAUAUAGCAUAUCAAUGCUCCAAAGAUCACUACCAUGUGCAGCUAGUUGACAACACCCGUCAUACCGUAAAACUCAUUCCUAUUCCAUAUUCUCCCUAUUGUGAAAAUUACAUUGCUAGAAAUAGAUCUAUACAAAGGAAAACUCAUUCAAUUCGAUAUAUAGUAGAGUAUAUAAAGUCUGUACUGAAGUCAACCUAUCCAGAGAAGAGUUCAGAUUUUAAUGUAUAUCCAUUUAAGUAUAAUAGAAGAAUUAGAAAGUGGUCAUUAAUAGAUGAGAAUUUCACUUGGCAUAGGGUGAAAGAAUUAGAUAAAUCUCUAAAUGAAAUGAAUGACACUAAACAUAGUGUGGUUUUUUACUACUUUGAAGAUGGUCUAACCCAAAAUCAUUUUAGAUUUGUAGAUUUCCAAACCCCAGCUGAUCCGAACUCCGAAACACUACGAAUUCCUUUAUUUCUUACAAACUUUACGAUGAUGAGUACUAUAAUUAGUCCAUAUAUGUUUUUUGAUAAAGCAUACAUUCGAACCGAAAUAAUUAAAAAUUAUGCCACUGAGAAAAAAAGGAUUAAACCUACUAAAAUGAUCAUUGAUACAGCUGCAACCAGCCAGAAGCCAUCUUCCGCAUCACCAAGCAACAAUGAUCCUCAACCAAAAAGAAGCUACAUUAAUUACUACUACAGUGACUUUUUGGUUCGAGGCAUAGAUGACUACAGAUUUUGCACUGCAGAAUGCUUUUUUACAGAUAUCUCACUUAAUUUAUCAGAAAAAACAGGUGUGCUAUCUAAAAGUUGGUACACCCAGAUAAAGAGAAGCGUACGCGAGUAUACAAACUACCGCUUUCGUAUAAGUGCGACUCAGAAACUUCUGAGAGAAAGUCUGCUGCGAGGCAAAAAAAAAUUACCUCCGACAUUCCUGAGUCUAUUGCAGAAUGAAAGUUCAACAGACGAUAAAGUUACAUACGGACUGUGCAUCUAUACAUCUUUGAGUGGCAAGGAAGUUGCCGUUCCAAUUAUGUGCGAGAAAAUGCGAAAGCUUUUGAGUGAGAACAUCAACGAUGAGAUUAAGUCCAAGCAUGCAAAUUGGGAAAGUGAUAUUCUUCCUCCACGCAUUGAUAUUAAAGAUAUCAAAGAGAAUUCUACUGUCUUUAUCACAGUAAAAGCCUUUAACUACACACAGGCAAAUCUUGGAAUACACUAUGACAUGCUAGCUGCGCUCUUUCAUAACAACAAUAAUUCCACACCAGCACUAACACCAGUAAUAAAAAGAAAACCAUCAUCAAAGACAGCUACUAAAAAGUCUUCUAGAAAGACUAAAAACAAAGCUGUUGGCAGUAAUUAG